UCCCGUGCGUUGAUCGCUCGCUUCUGGCUGAUUUUUUUUUAUUUGUUUUCGUAUUUUGGUUUUUCGGCCAGUGACUGUGUUGUGUGAGUGAGUGAAAUUUUAUUGGAGUGUGUUGUGACCAAUUUUCAAAAAUGAAUGGGGUGGCCAAUCCUCCAUUCAACAUGUCUAUAAUAGACUCCUACAAGCGAUUUAUGGAGCGGAACAGCGACCCUCGGACAGAAGAAUGGACGCUAAUGUCAGGGCCUGGACCGCUACUGACCAUCUUGGCCACAUACGUGUACUUCUGCACGUCAGUGGGCCCUCGCUACAUGAGGGACCGGAAACCCUAUGACCUCAAGAACACCAUAGUCGUGUACAAUGUUUCACAAGUGCUGAUGUCCAUAUUCCUGGUUUAUGAGGGUUUAGUAUCCGGAUGGUGGAAUGACUACAACUUCUCUUGCCAACCAGUGGACUACUCGGAUUCGCCAAAGGCAAAAAGGAUGGCAGCAGCGGUAUGGUGGUACUUCAUGGCAAAGAUCAUCGAACUUUUGGAUACCAUUUUCUUCGUGUUGAGGAAGAAAAAUCGGCAAAUUUCCUUCUUGCACCUGUACCAUCAUUUCAUGAUGCCCAUUUGUGCCUGGAUUGGGGUGAAAUUCUUGCCAGGAGGCCACGGGACGCUCUUAGGCGUCAUCAACUCCUUCAUCCAUAUCGUCAUGUACACCUACUACCUGAUUUCGGGUCUGGGCCCGCAGUACCAGAAGUACCUGUGGUGGAAAAAGCAUGUAACGACACUGCAAUUGAUCCAGUUCUGCAUUAUUUUCUACCACAAUUUCUCAGUCAUGUUCGGUGAUUGCAACUACCCGAAGGGGAUAAACUUUUUGCUGUCGUUAAACGCUGGUCUCUUCUUGUAUAUGUUCGGAAACUUUUAUUAUCAUAACUACGUUAAAGUCAACAGAAAACCUGUUCAAAACGGAGACGUCAAAAAAGUUAAAAAUGUAGAUAGCAAUGUAAAUAAUGAGCAUGUUACAUCAAGUAAAGUAAAUGAAGUAGAUACAGAAACAAAUGUUACCGAAGGAAAAAAGGAUUGUUACAUUAGAAAUAAGAAUCUUCACGGUGAACGCACGCGCAGGUUGUGUAGAAUGGCGCUGAUAUUGAAAGCGGCUUGGCAGGGAUAUAGAUAUGUGUUUGAGGAGCUUACUGACCCAAGAACGAACUCAUGGUUCCUCUGCGCCAGGCCCUACCAGGGUCUAACACUGCUCGGCCUGUAUCUCAUGUUCGUACUCAAAUGGGGCCCGGCCUAUAUGAAGAACCGGCCAGCUUAUAACCUGGAAAAGGUCCUUAUCGUGUACAAUGCAUUACAAGUGUUGAUAUGUGCACGGAUAUUUAUAGGGUCCCUAAUCUACGCCUGGGCGUUCGACUACAAAUGGCUAUGUGAGCCUGUGGACUUCUCACCAGACGAGAAGGCGAUGCGUGUAGCCCGAUACGUGUACUACUACUUCCUUGUCAAGAUUCUCGACCUGGCGGACACUGUAUUCUUCGUACUCCGUAAGAAGAAUAGCCACGUGUCCUUCUUACACGUCUACCAUCACACCGGCAUGGUUAUGUUGACGUGGGGCGCUGCUACAUACUUCCCAGGAGGCCACGGAACCUUAAUUGGGGUGAUCAACUCGUUUGUCCAUGUGAUCAUGUACGGGUACUAUCUCCUGACCGUGGCCGUGCCGAGCAUGAAGGAAUCCAUGUGGUGGAAGAAAUACAUCACGCAGUUGCAAAUUUUGCAGUUCCUAAUAAUCGUAAUUCACAUGGCGACCCUGGUCUGGAAGACUGAUUGUGCCUACCCCCGCUGGAUAGCAGCCGUUUUUCUACCCCAGAAUCUUUUCAUGCUCAUACUGUUCAUAGACUUUUAUAUAAAAGCCUACAUAAAACCUAAGAAGGCCAAACUAAACGGUCUGCAAAAUGGUCACAAUGGUCUUCAGAAUCGGCACAGUAAUGGUCAUCUUAAAAAUGCGAAAAAUGGUGUUCAUAAAAAGAUGGAGUAGAUUUUAUUAACUUUA